GCUCUCCGGCAGCAGUAUGCAAGAUGCGCUUUCUCUGGCUGAUGGGACUGAUUGUGGCCGGGGCCCUCUUCGAGGCCUCUGCCUCCAAGUGCUCAAAGAGAAGACCAAGAACAUGUUUAGGCAGGGGACCAACCAACGUCGACGACAACAGCGAUUCGUCGGAAGACUGUGAUUGCUCCAAUGGCAACGAGGAAGAGGAGCCUUGUGGUGCAACCACCCAGCCCCCUAUAGUGGACUGCCAGCCCACCUGCAGCACCUGGUCACCCUCUGAGGCCACAGCAGAACCAACCACCCAGCCACCGUGUGGCUGUGGCAACGGGGAAGAAGUUCCCUGUGGUCCAACCACCCAGCCCCCGAUAUCAGACUGCCAGCCCACCUGCUGCACCUGGUCACCACCUGUAACACCACUCCCAGACACGUCGCCUGGCACGACCUGCACCACUGCAGAACCAGCCACUCAGCCACCGUGUGGGUGUGGGAAAACCAGAGUUCGGAAGCACGGUCGACGCAAAUCGUGUGGUUAGCGAAAGGGAGCACCCAGCAACACCACAAAGGUGGAUCAGGAACUGCCUGCGAGGCAUCCAAUCCUCCCAGGCCGAUCCCAUUAAGUCUUAAAUGAUUCAAAAAUAAUAAAAAACCAGAUAUAACAAA